AUGGAUGCGAAUGACACGGUUGUCUGUGGCGGUGUCUCGGUCCCGCGUCGCGUUUGCUUGGCGCCAACGACCGCGCUCUGGUCGUGCUGCGGUCUCGGAGGCUACCACCACAUUGCGCCGGCCGCCUUGUGGCUCGUCUUUCUAAGUCUCACGGCGUGUGCGCAAAACCAAUUCAACCUCUUCCACGACCUCGACAGCACCGCCGACGAGCUCCACGAUAUUCAGACCCAAGCGCUCGGCGUCGUCGUCGCGCGUCGGAAGCGCGUCAUCUUUGGCAAGACGUACCGCGACCCGCGACGACUGCUCAUGCUCGGGGCCAUGUGGAGUGAGCUCUUUGGCUUUAGCUACAUGCCCGGCCAGCUCAUCAUCUACCAGCUCACGCAGUCGGACGUGGCGGGUCUCGUGUCGGGUCCAGUCCAGUUUGGCUUCUUUGCUGUCUUUUCCAGCUUGCUCUACCUCCUCGAGGGACCGCUGGGCGCGCGAUGGCUGCGCAAGUGCCACCUCAGUCGACCGAAACUCGGCGGCCCGAUCCUCUACGACAUGUUCUUCAUGACGUUUGCGUACACACUCGUUAACGUGGUCGGCUGCACGAACGGUCUCGACUCGGUGGCAUUAGGCAAUCACUAUACGUGCGCCAGUCCCGAGCGCUACUGGAUCGUGUGCAGUCUUGGUCUCGGCAUCUUUGGGUGCUUCUUCUGGGGAACGCUCAAGUACAAGAAACAGCUCGCAAGUGACGUGUAUGCCGUGAGCUUUCGCUUCCAAGCGUCGUUUGAUGCGAUGAUGACGUUCUGCGCCUUGACCGUCAUUACCGUCGAGAAGGCGCUGCUCAGUCUCGACAUGUGGCUCGUCGCAAUGCUCUUUGCACUUUUGAAUCUGGUUCAUUUUGGCGCGCUGCUUCGCUACAACUACAAGUGCCAGCCGUGUUUGGGCGUCGGACUCGUGCCCAACAACUUGCGUGCACUGUCGUUCGCUACGUCGUGCUACACGACACUUGUGCUCCUUAUGAUUUCAAUGCUGCAAAUCUCUCGACAUCAUGCAGUGGCUGGUACAUCCGAGUGGACUGUCUUCUUCGUCGCCAUCGGGCUCUACCCGGUGUUUGCAGUCACCGUGUGGCGCUGGAACGGUCGCCGCGCAGUCCUCUUUCAAGUCCCAGACGUCAGUCUCCUCGAAGGACUACAACACGAGUGCGACCGCGUCCGCGCCGUCGCCUCCGUGCGCGUCACACUCGAGACCGCCGAGCGCGACACGACAUUGCUGCAGUCGAUACUACUGGCCUUGGACGCGAGCUUGGCGCGACCCGUCACACCCGAGACCGCGUUUGCGCCGGCGUAUGCGUGCCAGGCCAUGUGGUUUCUCUGGUACACGAAUUUUGAUCUAAGUGACCAUGUUGCCGAGAACGAAGCCGAGCCGUUUGUUCCCUUUGGCUGCUGGGUACGGUCGCCCUCGAUACGUUCUAGUUUGACGAGUUUGGCGGCGGUCCCGCCGCGGCGGCGGCUGAGUCUCUCGGGCAGCAUGUCGUGGCGUCUCCAAACCAAAUCAGGUAGCUUUGUGCGGCCUUCGCAGCAGCCGGCGUCGCUUGCGCAUGCCAUCCUUGUCGCCCCCGCACCGCUCGAUACGUCCCGAAAACCGCGCGGUAUGCUCCGUGGCGCGUCCACAGACCAGUUGACGCUUAUUCAGCUCGUGGAAAAGGCCACGGACCUCGCGUACGCCGUGUGCAUGACCACCCGCAUCGCCGACGACAUUGCGAUCCGCAAUUGCUUUGAACAUGCGGUCAAAAAGCUCGGGGAGCUCUGUCGAAGCUCGUGUCGCCGGAGCCGGCUCCUCGCAAGCAAAGUGCUGCAGGAAAUGUACCAAGCUGGCGUCGUCCAGAUCAGCCCAACCACGUUCUUUUACGUGGCCGCCAACCUCACCGUCGCAUCGUCGUACACCAAGGCCGCGGCGGCUGCUCGCACGCUUGCCCGCUUUGCCAACGACCGCGACGAUGCGUGGGUUGGUCGGCACGUAGCGGAUGCGAUCACGCUACGACUUGUCGUCGAUGCAAUGCACUUGUACCGGCUGGACGGGGACUUUGUGACGAGUCUCCUCACGGUGCUUUUGCAGGGGUUUACGACCUUGGCGGCACUCGGCACGAAAGGCCCCAACGCCGCCAUAUACCUCGACCGGUCGCUCGUCGCAGCUCUUCUCGAGCUGCAGAGCCACCCGCUCUCGGCCCUCGCGGCAGCUCGUCUCGAUGACGUUCUCGCCACGUUGCACGAGAUCUGGGAAAAGCGCCCGAAUCGGCUGCGGCGCAUCGUCCGGCAACUGUCCAAGACGCGCAUUCUCGUGGGUAGCAUGGCGCGCCCGUCAGACGCGGCGUAUACGCUCGUGACAACCACACAGCUCAAGCUCAUCCACGACCGGCAGCGCACGCGACAUAAGCUGGUGGCGACGAUUCACAGCGUCCUGGCCGAAGGAUUUGCUUCAAGUAAGCGUCGGAGCGACCUCUCGGACGCUAUGCAAGCCACCAUGGCGACGUUGUCGCCGCUGCUGAGCACGCGAAGCGACUUGCUCUCGUAUGUGCACAGUCAGCUCACGACGCCCGAAUACUGGUACCUCUGUGACCUCAUCGGCCGGCCACGACCACGCAUCGCCACCGCUGCGACACGUUGCCGUGAAGACCGGUGACCGGACUUCACGGCGGUUUCAAAUGACGUGGCAUGACCGUUGGCGUGAAAAGGCUGCGCAAGGAGCUGUCGUCUCAUUGAUGCGGUCAAAACUUAUGUGUGGCUUGCUCG